AUGUUGGAAGAUAUUUUCAAGUUACCUAAUAUGAAGAAGACAUUUGAGAGAGCUGUUAUGGUGAAUAGCUAUAUCUAUAUUCGUUCGGGUCUAGUAAACAUGCUUAGAAGGUUUACUGACAAGAAAGAGUUGUUGAGGCCUGCAAAAACACAGUUUGCAACUGCCUUUAUCACUUUGGGCAGAAUGCAUAGUCUGAAAAGCAACCUUAGAAGGAUGUUUACCUCCGAGGAGUGGAUGACAAGCAAGUGGGUAAAAGAAGCGGGGGCUAAAAAGGUUGUAGAAGUGAUUUUGAUGCCUUCAUUUUGGAACAAUGUUGUAUUUGCUUUAAAGGUGGCUGGUCCAUUGGUGCAUGUAUUGCGCUUAGUGGAUGGUGAGAAGAAGCCUGCUAUGGGAUACAUAUAUGAGGCCAUGGAUAGGGCCAAAGAAGCGAUUGCUAACUCUUUUAAUGGGGAUGAAAAGAAGUAUGCACUCAUUUUUCAGAUUAUUGAUAAUCGAUGGGAUGUUCAGCUUCAUCGCCCUUUGCACGCAGCUGGUUGGUACUUGAACCCAGAAUAUUUCUACAAGGCUGAACGUAUAGAUCCAGAGAUCAUGACUGGCUUAUAUGAAUGCAUUAGAAAGUUAAAUCCAGAUAUAAAGGUUCAAGACCAAAUUGAUGCUAAGCUUUCGAUGUAUAACAAUGCAGAUGGGUUCUUUGGAAACUAUAUGGCUAUUAGAAAGAGAGCUGAGAAAUCACCAGCUGAAUGGUGGGCUUCAUAUGGAAUGUCAACACCCACGUUGCAAAAAUUUGCAAUUAAAAUUCUUAGCUUGACUUGUAGUUCAUCUGGGUGUGAACGUAAUUGGAGUGUGUUUGAAAAUCUUCAUACUAAACGGAGAAACAGGCUUGAUCAACUUCGUUUAAACGACUUGGUGUUUGUGAAAUACAAUAGAGCAUUGAGGCGUCGAUAUCAAAUGCGUGAUACCAUUGACCCUAUCAUAUUGACCGACAUUGAUGAAAGCAAUGAAUGGUUGACUGGAAAACUUGAUGAGGAGAAUGAUAAAGAUGAUGAAACUGUUUUUCCAGAUGACAUUGGGGAUGGGUUGACAUGGAGUAAUGUUGCUGCAGCUGCAGGAGUUGGAGAGCUUAGUUAUCAAUUUAGAACUAAACAAACUCGAUCACAAUUGGGAUCAACUUCUGUUUCGACUUCAAAGCGGCGAGUAACUCAAGAGAUUGAAGAGGAGGAAAGUGAGGCAGGGACCGAAGAUGAUGAAGACUUGAGUGAUGAAGAAGAAGAUGAAGGGGUGAUUGAAGGGGAUGAUGAAGAUAUUGACCUUGAUGUUGAUGAUCUCCUUGAUGAUGAUUGAUUAAAAAACUUUUUUAUAUUGAUUGUGGACUUGUAGUGUUUAUGUAUUUGUUUAGAACUUUGCAUUAUAAUUGGUACUUGGUAAAGUUUAAGACUUUAAGUUUGAACUUUGAUGAUGUUUCUAGUUUAGAAUUUGCAUGAUGAAUGAAUUAACUUUGAUGUUGUUAGUUUAUAGAAUUUGAAGAUAAUGAAUCAUGAAUGAUAUGAAUGUGUUAUUAUUGAUAAUUUGAUAGUUGUUUAUGAUUUUACAAGAUUUUGAGUUUUUUUCCUAAAAGGUGCGCCUCGCUUCGCAAAGGCGCACCUCGCCUCGUGCGCCUCGCUCCUCAGGCUCCAGGACCUUUUGCGCCUCGCGCCUUUCAGAACU